ACGGCCUUCUCCUUCUCCAAUUCGUGCAUGCUGAUACACAUCAGAAACUCUCGAAAGAUCUCAGCUUUAGCUCGUCAUGCUCUUCAUUCUCCUAAUGCCUACUCCUCCCCAUCUCCCCAACCCUCUCAUGCCGCGGCGGCGGCGGCUCGCGAUGUCGCGCAAUUACUAAAAACCCCAAAUUGGGAGAAAAGCACCACUCUCAAAACCCUAGCUUCCCACUUGAGCCCACACGUCGCUUCCCAAGUAAUCUCCCUUCACAGCAGCGAAACCGACACUUGCGCUCGUUUCUUCAAUUGGAUCUCCAAACACUCCUCCUACUGCUUCUCCCCAAUUCAAAAAACCCACCUCCUGAAACUCAUCGUCUCUUCAGGUCUCUACCAAAUCGCGCAUAGUGUCAUCCUCGCGUUGAUCAGAGAGUUCAGCAGACACGAGAGAGAGAUCCUGAGACUAAUGGAUUGUUUCGAUAGUCUGAGAGACGAGGCUCGGUUCAGAUUAAACUACCCUUGCUACAGCUCUCUUUUAAUGUCUUUAGCUAAGCUUGACUUAGGCCUCUUGGCUUACUCGACUUAUAAAAGAAUGGAAUCCGACGGCUUUCUCCCUGGGGAGAUUGAUUACAGAACAAUCGUCAACGCUCUCUGCAAGAACGGCUUUACUGAACCUGCUGAGAUGUUUAUGUGCAAGAUUUUUAAAAUCGGGUUUGUGUUAGACUCUCAUAUAUGCACUUCGUUGGUUCUUGGCUUUUGCCGUGUGUUGAAUCUUGGAGAAGCUCUAAGAGUGUUUAACGUCAUGUCUAGAGAGGAAGUUUCUGAACCAAACUCUGUUACUUACUCUAAUUUGAUUCACGGGUUGUGUGAAGUAGGGAGACUUAACGAAGCUUUUGUGUUUAAAGAACGAAUGGGUGAGAAAGGUUGUGAGCCGAGCACACGGACCAAUACUGUGCUUAUUAAAGCGUUGUGUGAUGAGGGUUUGGUUGAGAAAGGUUUUACCUUGUUUGAUGAAAUGAGGACUAAAGGGUGUAAGGCGAAUGUUCACACGUAUACGGUUUUGAUCGAUGGGUUGUGUAGAGAGGGGAAGGUUGAAGAGGCUAAUGGUGUUUAUCGAAAGAUGUGUGAGGACGGGGUGUACCCUAGCGUGGUGACUUACAACGCGUUGAUUAAUGGUUACUGUAAAGAUGGGAGGAUCGUUCAGGCUUUUGAGGUUCUUGCUGUGAUGGAGAAGAGGGGUUGUAGGCCUAAUGUGAGAAGUUUUAAUGAGCUUAUGGGAGGGUUGUGUAGAGUUGGGAAACCGUUUAAAGCUGUGUAUUUGUUGAAGAGAAUGGUUGGUGAUGGUUUGGCGCCUGAUGUUGUGAGCUAUAACGUUUUGAUCGAUGGGGUUUGUAGAGAAGGGUUUAUGAAUGUGGCGUACAAGCUUCUUGGUUCGAUGAGUUCUUUUGACGUUGAGCCUGAUUGUGUAACGUUCACGGGUAUGAUAGAUGGUUUGUGCAAGCAAGGGAAGGUUGAUGUAGCGAGUUCGUUCUUAAGUUUGAUGGUGAGAAAAGGGAUAAAGGUAGAUGAAGUUACUUGUACAGUUCUUAUUGAUGGUUUCUGUAAACUCGGUAAAACUAAGGACGCGUUGUUUAUUGUUGAGACGUUGUGUAAGAUGAGACUGUUGACUACUCCUCACUCCUUGAACGUGCUUCUCGACGUGCUGAGUAAAGGCUGUAAAGUGAAAGAGGAGUUAGCGAUGUUUGGGAAGAUUAAUAAGCUUGGUUUAGUUCCUUCUGUGGUGACCUACACAACACUUGUUGAGGGGCUGAUUCGUUCAGGCGAUGUUAGCGGUUCAUUGAGGAUGCUGGAAGCGAUGAAGUCGAGUGGCUGUUUGCCGAAUGUUUAUCCUUACACGAUCAUCAUCAACGGUCUUUGCCGAUUUGGAAGAGUGGAGGAAGCAGAGAAGCUUCUUGCUACUAUGCGAGAUUCAGGAGUUUCUCCGAAUCAUGUUACUUAUACUGUAAUGGUGAAAGGAUAUGUGGAUAACGGAAAGCUAGACCGUGCUCUAGAGACCGUUAGUGUUAUGGUUGCAAGAGGAUAUGAACUUAACGAGCGUGUCUAUUCAUCUCUGCUACAUGGACUUGCGUUAUCUCAGAACAAGCUAAUAUCAAUGGUUGAAGAGCUAGGUGGAUCAACACGCGGAGUAUAUGGUUUCGUUGUCACACGUCUAUGCAAAGAAGGAAGAAUAGAUGAGUCCAACGAACUGAUCCAAACUAUGCUCAAGAUAGGUGUUUAUAAUGAGAAGGCGAUAGACACUGUCAUAGAAUCUUACUGUGGCAGGAAGGAACAGAGCAAGUGUGUGGAGCUGAUCACACUUGUUCUUGGAACCGGGUUCGUCCCGAGUUUCAGAUCCUUCUGCUUAGUGAUUCAAGGUUUGAAGAAGGAAGGAGAGAGUGAGCAGGCGCGUGAGCUGGUAAUGGAGCUUCUGAGAUCAAGUGGGGUUGUAGAGAAGAGUAGAAUGUUGGAUUAUGUUGAGUGUUUGAUGGAAGGAGAUGGUACUGGUGAUUGCAGUGAAGUUAUUGAUCAGUUGCACUUCAAAGAAAGACCUAUCUUCUAAGUGUUACACUUUUAGAUUUUUGUAUAGCCAUUUUUGGAAAAUUCUUAAUCUUUUGAUUCCCAGUGUUAAAAGAGAACUGAUUCAUUCUACUUUUGGUCAAUGAUAAUGACUGAUGAUGGGCUAAGCCCAAAUAUCACUUAAAGCCCAUUCUUGGAUUUUUUCUCAUUAUAAAUAAUUUUUUCCCAGCUUCGGACCAAAGUUUCUGCUUUCUUGGUCGGGGAAUUGAGAGAGAGAGAGAGUCUUCUUCUUGUUCAAGAACAGACCCAUAUAUACAAAUAAUACCCGUGAUUUUUUAAAAAGAGAGCAUUACAGAUACAUACAUAGAAGCUCUUUUUGCUAUCUGGGUUCCCUUAAAGGUUUAGCCUUUCGUACUUCCACCUGCGCCAAUUGCACUUGGCGAUCGUCAAGGUUGGUGACUUUUUGGUCCGAUUGGUUUUUAUCUUAUUAGGGUCUGAUUGGGUCGCAACCCUAAUUUUUGGAUGUCUUAUACUAAUUAGGAUCGUCCGUCCCUUGGAGAUUAAACACUGAUCGAAUUGGGUUUCUUCACAUUCAAUAAAGAGGCCAACUUGUUGGCGGCUGCCUGCUGAUAAAAGGUUAGCGACGGUUCCACGGUCAAGAUAGGAUUGAAGUGGUUUUAUAGAAAGUUUUGGAGUGAUUUUGGUUGAUAUGGUGGGCUGGAUCAUAGUCUCUGAUCUGGUCAGGUGCUACUGGGAUAAAAGGAUCGAGAAAGUAACGAGAAGAGUGGUUUAAAGUAUAUACCACUUUAAGGAACGUGAGGAAGAAGUGACAUGUCUCGUUGCUUUCCAUUUCCACCUCCAGGAUAUGAGAAGAAGAUUAGAACCGAUGAAGCAGACUCUUUGAUAAAGG